AGAGAGGUGGUUUGUCUGUAGCUGCUCUCUGUGUCUCUCAUGACGGGGUCGAAAUUUUCACGUCUAACUAAGCAGAAAUGUCGACAGUCCAGAGUCUGAGGACGUUCGUCAACCAGCGACUGACUGCGGCUGCUGAGGAGAUAUGUGGAGUGUUUGAACAGACUUUAGUUGUGUACGAGGAGGAGAUCGAGCGGCAGCGCAGACUGCUGGACAUCGUCCUGAAACCGGAGAUCAAACUACACAGAGCAGAUCACCAUCAGCCCGCUGUGUAUAAGGAGGAGCUUCUCCCUGAGCAGCAGCAAGAGAGCGACUCCAGUCUGGGUCAGGAGGUCCCAGAGCCGUCACAGAUUAAAAGGGAACAGGAGGAACUCUGCAGCAGUUGCGAGGGAGAGGAACCAUUAGUGCAGGAGGAGGAGGAAGGGGAUGUCUUCAAGUUGAUUCGUACUAGUGAGGGAAGUGACCACUGUGACCAUCGGUCUCUGCACUCAGAUCUUUACCAGACUCAGAGUGCAGAAGAAGAAGAGCCUGUAGGCAAUGUCUCGUUUAAAUUGAUUCAAUCUGAAGCUGAGAGCGACAACAGUGACAGUCAGCUUUGUUCUCACAGCCAUCAUGCAGCUGAGGGUGAAGGUUACAACCCAUCCAGCUGUGGGACCACAGGAUCGACUCGGAGUACUGAACCAAAACAACAAGACAGACUGCACAAGCAUGACAGCUGCAGUAAAGAGAUUCCUGACUUGAAGAAAUUAAAAACUCAUCUGAGAGCCCACACCGGCAAACAGCUCCUCAGAUGUGGCACUUGUGGGAAAGUGUUUAACUUCAUGUGUGAAUUGACAAGACACAUGAGGACUCACACGGGGGAAAGGCCUUUCAGAUGCACAGUUUGCGGCAAAGGAUUCAGCUGUCAGUCAACCGUCAAUGAGCAUUUCAGGAUCCACACAGGCGAGAAACCGUACAGCUGCAUCCACUGUGGGAAGGACUUCACCUUUCGAUCAGUUCUCACAGAGCAUCUCCGAGUGCACACGAGGGAGAGGCCUUACAGUUGUGUGUUUUGCGGGAGACGAUUUACUUCCAGCUCCAAGUUGACAGUACACACCAGGACCCACACGAGGGAAAAGCCUUAUAAAUGCAGCACCUGUGGGAAGGUUUUUGCUCAAAACACACACCUGAAAAGACACAUGCUGACACAUACACAAGAGAGACCAUACAAAUGCACAAGGUGUGACCACAGAUUUAAUCAGCGCUCAAAUCUGAAGAAACAUAUGACUGUCCAUAUUGGUGCUGCUGGUACCAGUACUUAAACUGUGCCUCAAUUCUUUAUAGACAAUGUGGAACUGAACUAGAGGUGUCCCAGAAUCUCAGAUGCAGUAAGGAUGUUAUGGUGAUGUGGUGAUGCUUGUAAAGUUUUUAAGUGUCAGUUGGGUUUCCAUCCAAAUAUAUUGAAAUU